AUUUUCGGCAUUUUUAUGGUCCGUUAGUUAUGUACUUCGCGUCUUUGUGUCCCAGCCUGAAUGAGAAUGUGUUCAGAUUUGGCUUUCUGUCUGAUUUUCUUUUCAGCCCUUCUGAUGUUGAUAAUCACUGCAUUUUUUACUUCCAUGCACGGAAAAUUAACUAUUCUAUCAGAGAAUUAUGACUGCUUUGGUAAUAUUUGUGGACAGCAGCGCAAUAUCGACAAUCAGUUGCCUCGAUCCAAUAUGUCUCACAAGAAAUUUUUAGUGCAUACCAAUUUCGUGGAUUUGCACCACUCCAUUCCUAUUUGCGUUGACGAGUGUAUAAACUACACCAUUUUGCAUCAAAAUGCACUGAAAAAGUACCUACUGGACAAAAACACUAGCUUAUGUGAUUGCAGAGUACCAGUCAACCUGAAACUAUCCUAUCCUCGACUCGGAAACACCCCACUUUGCAUGGAACUACCUAUUGAGGCCUCAGAACCAAUUUUGGGAGUGUGCAUUCCAAAAAUAUUCAAAAUUUUCCCAACUUAUUUCACCAACGACAGACCUUCUCGAGUUGGGCCUCUCAUCGUUAAGCUGCAUGAGGACCUUGACUUCAAUUUGCCAUGGGUACAGGUGUUAAUCUGCCCCCUAGUGACUCUCGGCCUUGCAUUAAUAUUUACGCUCUUCGUAAGAUGUAUUCCGUCUCGCGUAAUCCCGUUGGCAUUUGUGUGCCUCCAUGUAGGAUUAUGUGCUACUAUUAUACUGCUGAGCCUCAUCACAGCCGCUUCGUCGCGCGUACUGGCCCGACUGGGUUGGUGGCCUGGCAAUCUCAUCCGGUCUUUGGAACAAUCAGGCCAAGGUUUCUCUGUUUUACUGCUUUGUAUCAACGUUCUCGCCAUUGUCAUGGCAACCGUUCUGACAAUCAAAUAUUGGAAUCCGGUUUCCAGACGGCAUCAGGCCCAUCGCACUCAAACCGAACAGCUGCUUAGGAUAAUCGCCACUGUUCUACGUGAAGCACCGGGUGCCGUUUAUGUGGCGCAUAUUACUGGCCUGCUGAUGCUGACAGCGCUGUUGCUACUGUUCACCUUGGUGUUUUUACUGCUUUUGACAACAGUUGAGACGGUACGAAUGAACACGACUGGUUGCGUAACCGUUCGACCAUAUCCAUGGAUCAGUUAUGGUGUUAUUCCGGUUUAUGUGUUCUACACUCUUUGGAUGAUCCGUUUCUGUCUCUCGCUCAGCCAAACAGUGACAGUUGUGUUUGUAUCCUCCUGGUAUCAGGCAGCGGCUCCGAAAACACGCUCACCUAUCUUUUGGAAUCUGAGUCUCGUAUGCGAGCACAUUUGCUUUCAAGGCUUCGGUAGUCUGAGCUUGGCAUCACUGUUGAGCCUAUUUUCCUGGUUACCCCUGCAAAUAUUGUCACUCGCGAGGAUUGGCAUCGCCGGGUGGUCCGCAGACGAUGAAGCUGGCGCAGAUUCUGUGCAAAAAGGAUCUCGCGCAACGUGGACUCUGGAACGCCACCUUCGCCAAAUGGAUUGCACUAUUUUUACUCUCAUAGUCACUAAACGUCAAUCCUUCGCCAAAUGCUGGUCUUCGCUUCAUAACGGUUUGUGCGAUCGGGUUUUUUCACACAGUAUGGUGGAGUUGAUGCGUGGUCCGGAAACUCUAAUCACGAUGGCCAAAAUUGGCUGCGCUUUGAUAGCCUCAGGCAUCGGGCUAGCACGAUUUCCAACCAAACCACCGGCGGUUUACGCUUUUCCGGCUGCGUUGGUAGCCUCCAUCUUCUUGAGCUUCCUUGUGGCCACAGCGACCCUGUCCACUCUGCAACAUAUUUUGUCCACGGUUCUGGUUUCCUUCUGCUUACAAGAAGAAGACCUCUUCACCAUAUCGAUGGUGAGUGAGGACGUGAUGGUCGGAUUUCAGCAUGAGAAUGUAAAGGAAAUACUUUUGUCGAAAGUAUCCCCCGCGCACCAGGAACCAAUUCGCAGGUCAAAUGGGAAUGACGAGAUCAUUCAACAAUCCAGUGCUGUUCCUGUCUCCAAUCCAGCAAGGAAACCUUGAUAAAUCAAUGCUGAAUUUUUGCGACGGACAAUCAAUCGGGCUGUGGUGGAUAUACUUCCCUUGAACUCUACCUGCGACCACAGAAAUUGUGUAAUCAUUAAGCUACCAUGUACGGUAGCGCCAAAGCAGGCAUUUCCACGGAAGUAAAAUUUUGACCUUAAA